UGGUAGGGCCUGCCAGAGAGGGUAAAAAUGGAAAGGUGGAAGAGGAAGACGACGAAAUGACGGUGAAGUGUGCGGCGUGCGAACAACGGGAGGAUGCUUUGGACAAUUUGAGCCGGAAACGUUUCAAGAUCAAUACAUCCUGCGGGCAUUAUUUUUGCGACACAUGCAUCCAGCGGGAAUUUGCCCGAAAAACCCGU